AUGAAAACUAAUCCUAGCAUCUUCCAAUUUGCCAUCAUCUUCAUAUUAAUACUUGAGAUCAGAAUACAAUUGUCUGAAGAAAGUGAUUUUCUAGUUAACAGAUCAAAAGCAGGUCUCUUUCACAUUCCCAAAGACCUAUCCCUGAAAACAACAAUCUUAGAUAUAUCACAAAACUAUAUAUCUGAGCUUCAGACUUCUGACAUCCUAUCACUAUCAAAGCUGAGGAUUUUGAUUGUUUCUUAUAAUAGAAUUCAAUAUCUUGAUAUCAGUGUUUUCAAAUUCAACCAGGAAUUGGAAUACUUGGAUCUGUCCCACAAUGAGUUGGGGAGGAUUUCUUGCCAUCCUACCGUGAACCUCAAGCACUUAGACCUUUCAUUUAAUGCAUUUGAUGAUCUACCCAUAUGCAAAGAGUUUGGCAACAUGUCUCAACUAGAGUUUCUGGGGUUGAGUGCCACACAGUUACAGAAAUCUAGCAUGCUACCAAUUGCUUCUUUGCAUAUCAGAAAGGUUUUACUGGUCUUAGGAGACACUUAUGGGAAAAAAGAAGACCCUGAGAGCCUUCAAAAGCUUAACACAGAAAGUCUUCACAUUGUUUUCCCUAUAAGAAAGGAAUUCAGUUUUACUCUGGAUGUAUCAGUCAGCACUGCAGUAAGUCUCGAAUUGUCUAAUAUCAAAUGUGUGCCAGAUGGUCAUGGAUGGUCUUAUUUCCAAAAUGUUCUGUCAAAACUUCAAAAGAAUUCAAGGUUAUCAAGUCUUACUUUAAACAACAUUGAAACAACUUGGAAUUUUUUCAUUAUGCUCCUUCAGUUGGUUUGGCAUACAAGCAUAGAGUAUUUCUCAAUUUCAAAUGUAAAACUACAAGGUUACCCUGACUUCAGAGAUUUUGAUUAUUCUGACACUUCACUGAAGGCCUUAUCUAUACACCAAGUCGUUAGUAAUGCAUUCAAUUUGCCACAAAGUUAUAUCUAUAAAAUCUUUUCAAAUAUGAACAUCCAAAAUUUCACAGUGUCUGGUACGCACAUGGUCCACAUGGUUUGCCCAUCUCAAAUUAGUCCAUUUCUGCAUUUGGAUUUUUCUAAUAAUCUCUUAACAGACAUUGUUUUUAAAAAUUGUAGAAACUUGAUUAAACUGGAGACACUUAGUUUACAAAUGAAUCAAUUAAAAGAACUUGCAAGUAUAGCUCAAAUGACCAACGAGAUGAAGUCUCUACAACAAUUGGAUAUUAGCCAGAAUUCUCUAAGGUAUGAUGAAAAUGAAGGAAACUGCUCUUGGACUAGAAGUUUAUUAAGUUUAAAUAUGUCUUCAAAUAUACUUACUGACUCUGUUUUCAGAUGUUUACCUCCCAAGGUCAAGGUGCUUGAUCUUCACGAUAACAGAAUAAGGAGCAUUCCUAAACCAAUCAUGAAGCUAGAAGAUUUGCAAGAACUCAAUGUUGCUUCCAAUUCUUUAGCCCACUUUCCUGACUGUGGUACUUUUAAUAGGCUUUCUGUACUGAUCAUUGACUCUAAUUCAAUUUCCAAUCCAUCAGCUGAUUUCCUCCAGAGCUGCCAUAACAUUAGGUCCAUAAGCGCAGGGAAUAAUCCAUUCCAGUGUACAUGUGAGCUGAGAGAAUUUGUCCAAAGUCUAGGCCAGGUAGCAAGCAAAGUAGUAGAGGGUUGGCCCGAUUCUUAUAAGUGUGACUCUCCAGAAAACUAUAAGGGAACCCUACUGAAGGACUUUCACGUGUCUCCGUUAUCCUGCAACACAACUCUGCUGCUUGUCACCAUUGGGGUUGCUGUGCUAGUGUUCACUGUUACUGUGACUGCGCUCUGUAUCUACUUUGAUCUGCCCUGGUAUCUUAGGAUGGUGUUUCAGUGGACCCAGACCCGGCGCAGGGCAAGAAACACACCCUUAGAAAAUCUCCAAAGAACCAUCCAGUUCCAUGCUUUUAUUUCAUAUAGCGGGCAUGAUUCUGCCUGGGUGAAGAGUGAAUUACUACCAAACCUAGAAAAAGAAGAACUAAGGAUUUGUCUCCAUGAGAGAAACUUUAUUCCUGGCAAGAGCAUUGUGGAAAAUAUCAUAAACUGCAUUGAGAAAAGUUACAAGUCCAUCUUUGUUCUGUCUCCCAACUUUGUUCAGAGUGAGUGGUGCCAUUAUGAACUGUACUUUGCCCACCACAAUCUCUUUCAUGAAGGAUCUAAUAACUUAAUCUUGAUCUUGCUGGAACCUAUUCCACAGUAUUCCAUUCCUAGCAGCUAUCACAAGCUCAAAAAUCUCAUGGCACAAAGGACUUAUUUGGAAUGGCCCAAGGAGAAGAGCAAACAUGGACUUUUUUGGGCUAACCUAAGAGCGUCUAUUAAUAUUAAAUUGAGGGAGCAAGCAAAAAAAUAG